GAGAGAGAGAGAGAGAGAGACGGCUUUAGAUGUGAGUGGGAAAGUGCUGUCAGUAAGACACCGGGGAUAUCAGCAUUCCUGAGGAGCUUUUACGCUUACAAGACCUGAACAUCUGCUCCAUGUUCUCCAUAGAUCUGCGCCUGUCUUCUCAAAGGAAAUAGAGGAUAUUUAUUGGUACACGUGGAAGCUACACUUAAACAAAAGUGGGAUUUUAUGUUUCAAGAGAAUCCAGACCAUAAGCAUGUACUGCUGAUGUGAGCUGACCUUAGAUCAGUAUCUCUGAUGGAGCUGAAAGUCUGGGUGGACGGCGUUGUCCGUGUGGUUUGCGGCCUGUCAGAGGAGACAUCGUGCCAGGAUGUGGUCAUUGCGCUUGCCCAAGCCAUCGGUCAGACGGGGCGUUACAUUCUUAUUCAAAAAUUGAGAGACACCGAGCGUCAACUUUUGGCCAAUGAACGUCCACUGGAGUCUCUGGCCAAACUGGGCCAACACAGCAGCGAGGUGCAGUUCUUCCUGCGACGGACCGGCCCAAGCAGCAGCGAAGAGAAAAGUCUCCACAACCACACGUUGCCUCUCCACAAGCCAUCUACACCAGAAGCCAAACGGGGAUUGCCGAAAAAGUCCUUCACUUUCAACCUAGGCCCUUCCAGUACAUCUCGUACAAAACCUAAAACCCCUUCUCCCGAACAAAGAACGUCCCCUAUUCCUCACACAGGGUACGUGCCCGGACCAUCCAAAGAGGACAUUUUCCGACGUAUCCUCCAGCAACAGGAGCAGUUACGCACGCUCAAUUCCCAGUUGGUGACCGUAGAGACGGAAUGUGAGUCUUGGGAACAGUCGUCCGGCGAGGAGUCAUUCCUGCAGGAGGAGAUCGAUGUGUUGGAAAAGGCAUUGUGGACGAAUCAGAAAGAGCUGGAGGAGGAGGAGUUCUUGGAGACGGAUCUAAAGGUGGAAACCGAGCGGGAGCGGGGGAUGAAGCGGAGAUUGGGGGAGCUGCACGCGAAACUGGACGAUUGCGGGCAAAAGUUGCACGAAUUCAACGCUCGUGCCGCGCAGCUCGAAAAGGACUUGCUUAAGGAAAGGCAAGAGGCGGAGCUCUCGCCCAGCCAAGCCGAUUCGAAAGACUCUGUGGAGGAAAUCAGGGCGGAGAUUCAAAGUCGGCAAAAGCAUGGGGAGGAGUUGGAGGCGGAGCUUACCGAGCUCCAGAAGGCACUGGGGAGGGCGGAGACUCUGCUGAAGGUAAAGCAGGAUGAUGUUGAAGAGUUGAAUAAAGAGUUGAGACAGUGUAAUCUACAGCAGUUUAUCCAGCAGGCUGGAGCGCUGCCUGUGUCUUCCCCACCCGAACACCGAACAGACAUCAUCGAACAACUGGACUUGAUGUCACAACAGAAGGACAAAAACAAUGAUUCACCUCCACGUCCCACUGCCAAACAGUUCCUGGGUCACCCGCGUAACCUGCAGCACCCGCUGGUGUCAAGCCUGAACCCUGAGGUCCUGACAUCCAGAGAAUCAUCUUGGCGGUAAAAACCUGAAUCAUAGGGCUAUGGAUUUGUAUUGACUUUCUGCUAUACUCAACCCCUCAUGUCUUAACGGUCAAUAUAACCAUUUAUGUUAUAUAUUUACUGUAUAUAUGAAUUAUAUAUUUACUACUUUUUGGUACAUAUUUGAAAGAUGUCAUGUAUUUACUGUAAAAUAUUAGCAGAUGAUUUUAUCUCGAGAACUUUACUUUUGUGUAUGUAUUUAUGUACAAUAAAUAUGUGCAUUGUGUCUUAAAUAACAA